GGUACUAAUUAGGGGGGAUGGAUGGCAACGACCAAUCCCUUCUUUUUUUCCCUUCCCACAAGCCAGUCAGCCAGUCAGCCUGCAGCCCGUAUCUCUUUCUGCCUCUGCAGCCUCUGCACGCAAAGAAGAUGCAGGCUGGCAGCAGGUUGCAAUUGAGCUCCAGGUCAGCUCUUGACUCGGCUUGACUCGACCGGCGCAUCCAGCUUGCUUACUGAGUCUGCCUGCCUGCCUGCCUGCCUGCCUGUCUGUCAUCUUUUCACCUCUUCACGUCGUCGUCCACGUUGCAAUUUGCUUGUUGGCCUUGUCCUUCCUAUCACCGUACAAUAAUCUUAAUCGUUUUGUUCGAAUCGCUGCUUUUUGAUGGCUCCACAUCACCCAUUCUGACGUCGUUUCCACCAAGGGACAGGAUCAGCCCGUCACCCAUUCAUUCCAGUGAGACAGGUUUCAAGUCGAUCAAUUGAUUGUGACCAGAAACAAACCCCCGCGACACAUCCAGGGAUUGAGUUUUGAGCUCGGACGAACUGCAGAUCCCUUUCGCUUCACACCCUCACGAUGAUCGCCGUGCGACCACGGCCUGUCGUGGCAAUAUCCAUCGCCAUAUUGAUCACCGUAACCUUCUACCUCCUCCACCCCAACCGCAACGCCUUGCAUGUCCCCUCGAGCUUCUCCGCGCCCUUCUCGGCCUUCAGCGGCGCCCCAGCCGAGUCCUCCUCCUCCUCCAAGUCGAACGUCGCAGAGAAGCCCUAUGGCAGAGACUAUCAUGGCCACUCGACGCCCGACGACAUCAACCGCGUCACCAACGGUACCCUUGGCUUCGGGAAGAUCUUUGUGGUCGGCCUGCCCGAGCGCACAGACAAGAGGGAUGCCAUGUCGCUCUCCGCCGCCCUGACGGGGUUCGAUAUCGAGUGGGUGGAUGGCGUGCGCGGGGAGUCGAUCCCAGACAAGGCGGUGCCCUUUGGUGUUGACCGCAAGAAGUUGAUGGAGACAAACCUAGGCAGCUGGAGGGGUCACAUGAACGCGAUACGGAGGGUUGUCGAACAAAACCUCGACGCAGCCCUCAUAAUGGAAGACGACAUGGACUGGGACGUCCGCCUCAAGCCCCAGCUCGAGAUCGUCGCCGCCGGUGCCCGCGCCGUCAUGUCCAACCUCCCCGACACCUACUUCCCAACCGGCCGGGCCUCCUCCACCGCGGGCCCCAUCCCGACCAGCCCCUACGGCGACGACUGGGACAUCCUCUGGCUGGGCCACUGCGGCGAGCCCUUCCCCGAGGACCUCCCCGAGAACAAGGACCUGCCAGAAGACGACCCGGGCAAGGUCGCCAUGGCCCGGCGGUACACGAUCCUUAACGACGCGACCGUGCCCCCGCUGGACCGCGUCACCGGCAUCGUCGACUUCAAGGCCCACCCGGAGCGCACGCGCUGGGUCCACGUAACCGCGGCGCCCAUCUGCACCUUCGCCUACGCCGUGUCCAACCGCGGGGCGCAGAAGAUCCUCUACGACCUCAGCGUCGACCGCCUGUCGGGGCCCUUCGACAACGCCCUCGCCUGGCUGUGCCGCCGCGCCGUCGGCGGGUGGAGCAAGCUGGCCGCCCUGGCUGCCGCGGGGGACCCCACGGACCGCGAGGGGACGCUGGGGGACCGGGGGCUGGAUGCCAAGUGCCUGAGCGUCACGCCGCCCGUGUUCUUCCACCACAAGGCGAAGGGAAACAUCCACGGGGACAGCGACAUACAGGACGUCGGCGGCGAGAGGCCCGAGGGCGAGGAGCCGCCGCCGCCUGUCAUCCGGGAGAAGGGCAGCACCGAGAAUGUCAUGUGGAGCGCGCGGCUGAAUAUUUUGAACAUGAUCCAGGGCACGGCUAUGAAGAGUCAGUACUGAUGCCCCUACCGGCACGGUUGCUCGACCUUGGCUUUGGGUCGGACAUUGUUUUGGCUUUUGGCUCUUUCCUUUUGGCGUAUUCGGAGAGAGACGGACGGGAGCGUCUUUUUCAGCUGUUUUGGCUCAUGGCGUUGUAGGAGACUGGUUUGGAAAGACUUUUUAGAUAUCCCUGGUUAGAGAUUGGAUCACCUGCGGCUGACGACCCCUGCUCGGGUUGCCGAGGCGGUGCCUGAUAAUGUUUGAAUGACAAACUGCUACAAAGCAGGUGUUCUGG